AUGGCUGUCAUCUCAUGUACAUGGUGGCGCUCCGCCUUCAGAAUCGCUCUCUUGCUCCUCCUCCUCGCCGCCAUUUGCAUUGCCUGCGUUUCCCUCCCCAUUGAAAAGAUUCUGAAGGAGUUUUUGUUAUGGAUUAAGCAAGAUCUUGGGCCAUGGGGUCCAGUUGUUAUGACUGCUGCAUACAUUCCUCUGGCAAUCUUUGCGAUUCCUGCUUCAAUACUUACUCUUGGAGGUGGUUAUCUUUAUGGACUGCCAAUAGGGUUUAUCAUUGAUUCUGUUGGUGGAACCGUAGGUGCAACUGCUGCAUUCCUUAUUGGUAGAACAUUUGGAAGAUCAUAUGUCAUCUCCAAGCUAAAGAAUUAUCCUAAGUUUCAGGCAGUCACUAUGGCAAUCCAGAAUUCUGGUUUUAAGAUAGUUUUUCUGCUUCGGCUUGUUCCUUUGCUUCCAUUUACCAUUUUAAAUUAUCUCCUCUCAGUGACUCCCGUUCAUAUUGGCAAGUACAUGCUGGCUUCUUGGUUGGGAAUGAUGCCAAGUACAUCUGCUUUGGUGUAUGUUGGAACAACUUUGAAGGAUCUUUCCGAUGUCACGCAUGGAUGGAAUGAAAUUUCGACCACUCGUUGGGUACUUAUGGCACUGGGCCUCAUGAUAUCUGUGAUUCUGAUAGUGUAUAUUACGAAAGUUGCGAAGGCUUCUUUGGACAAAGCACUGGUUGCGAAUUCAGAAAAGCAUAUAUUGGUCACAACAAUGCUGCCCAUUGUGGCAGAUCCUCCCUUGGAGCUUCAGAAGCCUCUUGCUAUUCAGAUAGGCCAAAGGGAAAGGGAAGAUGAUGAGAAACAAAGGAUUGUUUAA